AUGAAGUUCAUUGCAGGCCAAUCGCCCCUGGUGCUCGCUGCACUGGCAGCACUGGCAUGGGCUUCUCCCUACCCUCCCUACCAACAACCCCUGCGGGCGGGACCCCCAGCCCUUCUCCACCAGCUUGAGGUGGCCGCAAUUCGAUCCGAGAUCGGCCAAGGGGUCAGCAUGUUUUGCCUGCUCGUCGAUGAGCAUCGCUUCGAAGAGAUGAACAAGGUAUUCACAUCAGGGGAUGUCCAUAUCGACCUACCCGAAGAUGGCUUCCGAAACCUGAACAGUCUGGAUACAUUUGUGCGAAAUUUGUAUACCUACGCGGACUAUCCAUUUCAGCAUGCGAUCGGAGUUCCGAUUGUUGACGUCGAAAAAUCCAUGACGGUCGCCCAUGCGACCUCCCCUUUGAUCGCGACCAUUUUUGACGGCUACGAUGGUGAAAAAGCUGUGCCCAACGGGGCAGAAUAUGGAUUCUAUAUAACGGAUCAUGUUCUCACCGAUGAUGGCUGGAGAAUUCAAAAUAUCUCGGCCAAAGCCCUCGGAAAGUACUUGGAAGAUUAG